AUGCCAUACUUGGAUGACUACUUUGCACUUUGGUCACAUGGUAAAGAAAAUCUAAAUGAAUUCCUAAAUUUUAUUAACCAACUUGAUGAAAGAAUUAAAUUCACAAUGGAGGUGGAGGAGGAUGAACGACUAUCCUUUAUGGAUAUUGUAGUCAUGCGCUUCAAAGGAGACAGUUGGGAGGUAAUCGAAGGCCUUAGAAGUUCCCUCUACUGCCCACCAGGCCUACCUUCCAACUAUGCCUCGACGAACGGACUAUCCGGGCCGCAGGAUACUGUAUCUCUGACUCAAAUUCGGAAGCGUCCUGGUAAUAUAGAUUUUUAA